AUCGGAACAAAGCUAAACCAAUCAGCGCUGGCUGCAUUAUAUCCAAACGCGAGACCGGAACCAGCGCCCGGCCCUGGUCAGUGGCCGAAGUUGUAUCAGCUGGUUGCGCCCCGCUUGUUUUGGAGGUUCUGCGCUUUGGUGCCGUCUCUCAAUUAAACCGGAGCUUUCCGAAACCAAAAUAUCAGGGGACAACACUUUAAUAAUACCAGCUACUGUCCGAGAGCUUUGAAAUUCUCCCCUCCUUCGUGUUUACCCCUUCCCUCACGUCGGGGCUUCAUUGAUCAGGAGUACAAUCAUGAUCCAUUUGCUCAUGUCCAUCACUCAGCUGUCUAUACUUUCCAGUGGGUUAGCACAGUUUCCUGACAUGUCAGAAGCACGAGCCAGUCAUACUUCAGAACUCCAAAGAAAAGCAUUUAUUAAGGGAAAUGAAGCUCGAAAUUUCCUGGGACGACGUCUUCUGUACAAUCAAUGGGAUUUUGAAAUUUUUACUCAAGGAAAUCUUGAACGAGAAUGUAUCGAAGAAAUAUGUAGUUUUGAAGAGGCACGUGAAGUUUUUGAAGACGAUCGGAAGACAAGUAUCUUUUGGAAACAUUACACAACAAAGGGCCCUUACGCCAAACCAGGAAUUACGACUGAUAUAACCACAAUUCUGACUGCAUUCUUUGGCACUGUGUUAUUUUUAAUUCUGUUGGUGUUCUUUAUCUGGUAUUACUGCAAGCAGCGGAGACAAAAAGAUCGAAGUAGUGCGAGGCGGAUUGAGGAAACCUCCAUGAAUCCUGUGUCCUUUACUUCAGAUCCAGAGACAGCUCUACCUUCCUAUGAACAGGCACUGGUGGCAACUGGACAAUAUGAUGCACCUCCACCCCCUUAUCCAGGGUCAUCAUCAUCUCGUUCCUGGAAAUCUCAUCACUCUCGAUAAUGAACUUAUUUGAUAAUGAAUUAACAAAUUAAGAUUGAAAUAUUCGCACUAACAGUAAACAUUUAAAUUUGGUGUUUUUUAAUGAAAUUUGCACUAUACAAAUAAUAUUUAAUGAAGUAUCCUUUGUAUUGAAUGUGCUAUUUGUAUAUAGCUUUACAUCAUGUAAAAUGAUCAUAAAUUACGUUAAAAAGGUAUGUUUUUUUCAUUGUUUAACCUUUUAUCUAACAUUUUCUUAAUCUAAUAAUAUACUUGAACAAUUUAAACAAUACAAAUUUAAAUUUUGCGAACCACUGACGCUCAUGCUUGUUUGGGAGAACAAAUCUGAGAUUAGCUCUAAAUCUCAGGAUUCUCAAACUCAGAAUUAGAUCAAGUAUUUGUGAAGUUGAGGUUAAUUUAAGUAUCCCUGCAUUAUCAGGUAUGUGCUUAAUAUUUAUUAUGGGUAAAGUAGAAUUUUAGGCCGUUUUGCUGAAAACUCAAAUUCAAAGACUGUUCAAACAUUGGAAUUUAAUAACUCACAUCUAAAUCAGACACACAAGUAUAGUCUUUAAAACCUGCUUUAUUUUAUACAAACAACCACUGCACAACAUCUCAAAGCUCUAAUCAGUGAACAAGCUGGUUGUUUAGGUUAUCUAUAUCAAAUGUUGCUUUCAACUAGUCCAGCCUCAAUCAUUAAAUUCAAAUGCACAUUUCAGAUAACUGCAGGUGUGUCCUCACUGCCAUUUGGUGCUUCCAGUUGGCAUUAUGAAUUGGCAUUUGUCAACCACAAAAGCUGGUUUCUGCAGCAAGAUUUUCAUCACUUUUUGCUGGUUCUUUGCUCGCAAGUUGAAGAAUUCUGCUAAUGCCCAAAAUGCUGUUCAGUUGCUAGCUCAAUGCCUAUACAAUUCAUGGUUGGAUAGAGAAACUGGAAAUUCUGGCUAUUUUCUGUACUGCAAUAUAUAAAACAUUAGGUUUAUAACGGUGGGUAGUUUGGUCAUAUCGCACAUUUUAUGCCAGUUAUUAAUGCAAGCUCCAGCUGCCUUUAUCUCUCCUGAUGUUUGAUGAAGUUGACAAGACAUCUUUUAAAACCAAAACUGAAAAUAAAUUAAAAGUCUGCUCUGUUGCCUGGAUAAUGGAAUAUGGAAACAGGCACGGCUUUUGCAAAACUGUGCAGGGGAAUCAGAGAAACAAUUGUAUUUCAAACCUUUGCUUAGGCCUCCUUGGACUUGCAUACAGUUGUUUAAGGCUAAUUUACCUUGAUCGAGGGUCACGUUUUUGGAGUGGUUCCCACCUCCUUUGAAAUUAUAAUGAGAUUUGGGGGUUGGUUAGUUCACCUGACUGGCUAGAAAGAGUUGCAGAAUGAUGCCAUAAUACUGACUUGGUUCCUCUACCAGCUAUUAUAGUUCAUGCAGCCCCCACUCCUCCUCAUGCCCCAUGCUAGAAUAGUGGUGUGCCUCAAGCUAUCUCAACCAACUGCCUGUCUCUCAAAAGAGAUGCCUAUGGUUUUUCAUUACCUAUGGCUAAUUACUGUGUGUUAACAUAAUGUGUAAUGGUAAAGUCCUGAGAACAAAGUCCAGAUUCUACUGACUUAGCAAUUGUUCCUUUUGUGUGCUUAACCCACUUACUUUGUGUAAUAUAAGGCACUUAAGUUGUCAGCUAUUGAACCAUGACUAAGGCAAAAAUAAAACAAAACUGCAGAUCUGAAACAAACAAAAACAGAAAUUGCUGGAGAAACUUUGCAAACUUGGCAGCAUCUGUGGAGAGUAAAGGGAGUUAGCGUUUCAAGAUCCUUCUUCAGAACAGUUCAAAAUAAGUGUCACUAUCCUUGAAACGCUAUUUGUUUUCUCUCCAGGGAUACUGCCAAACUUGCAGUUUCUCUGGAAAUUUCUAAUUUUGUUUGAUUGUGGCAGCUUCUUUUUCUGUGCUGAAUUUGCCAAGUUUAUUUAGAAUUGUGUGGUCAAAAGUAGCUAUGGUUUGAUUGGCUCUAAUGACUUGAAAGUUGGUGCACUUUGAUCCCCUUAUGAAAACUAGUAUCUCUGUGCUUAACAGCCAAUUUUUAACCAUCCCCUCUGUCUCCCCCUUCCCUCCCCACUACCACCCUCACCACCAAUACCACCACAUUUGCAUGUUUCUGUGGGGACAUUUUUCCUGAAGAUUUAGCUUCUUGCUCACUGGUUGUUUUUGUCCUUCUCUUUGACUUUUCUCUAACUUUUUUCAAUUGUUAUUGAUCAACAUUUUAGAUUCUAAACUGUUGUUAAAUAAUUUCUCCCUGUAGAUUUUUUGUAUUUUAUAUUCAUGUAUUAUGCACCUUCAUAAUUGAUCAGUAAUCUGUAAU